AUGGUUGAUGAUAUCUGUACUCUUGCUUGUGAUCGUGGAGCUGCUGCUGCUGUGCUUUAUUCUCUUACUACAGGAUCUUGUAGUGUGAAUUCAGAAUAUCUUCUUAAUUUUGAAAAACCAUUGGAUGUUUUUAGCUCAGCAAGAUUACAAGGUGCUUGUUUGAUUGAAUCUCAAUUCAGUGAUGUGGUCGGAUCUGGAUAUUGGUUUCAGUCCAAUCUACUCAAAACUUUGGCUUCUACUAUUCUAGAUGAAAUCAAUCAAACAGGAGGUCAAUCAGCUUUUAACAAGCUUUCAUUUUUGAUCGCGGGAAUCACUGAGUUACUACGAUUGAUAAUUGGUCUUAUCUUAUUAUUGAUCAGGUUCACAGUCUUGUAUACGUUUGGGUACUUUGCUGAUUCAAUACCGUCUCCAGCAGCGGCUAAUUCCAUUGCUUUAUUGAAUACAAUUUCUAUGAUUGGAGUUGACAAUUUCAAAACAUCACUUAUCAUUGGAAUGCCACUCAUUCAUGCUCUCUUUGAUCAAGCUGUUCAGUUCAAAUGUACAAUUGGUAGCAAGAAAGCUCUGGGUAGCUCAUUUUGUAACAUGACACUUUACUUGAAACUCUGUGGUGUCAAACUCAAAAACACCAAACCGGCUUUGACGGAUCUUAGCAAGCGUAAUGUUGGUGCCUCAUUGACAAUUAGCGCAGAGGACAUACUAAAGGGUCCUGAAGAUGAUUCAAUCACUUGGCUUAAUAUAAAUUUAAUUAGUGCGCUUGAUGGAGUUUUAAAACAUUUCAAUCAUCAAAGCAUUGGUCUCUAUGAAUAUCUUGAGAAAUCAUCUUCUCCCUAUACUUCAUUGGAAUUAUUUGGACAUCCCCAGACAGAUUUUGCCAUUUUCGAACCAUUCCUCUACUCAAUUCAGCUGCGUAAAGUAAAUUAA